AUGAAAGCAUUGUUAGUCUUAUUACUUACUUUUAUUUCGGUAUUUGCAGAACAUGAAUUAUACCCAAGAACACCUCCUUUUGGUAUUGUUGAGCCUAACAGUGCUUCAAGACACUUAGGAGACUACACUCAUUCUCAUGAGACAGUAGACAAAUCAACCUAUUCUUGUUUUGCCAUAGGCGAAUGCCAAAAAACACAACCCUAUUGUUUAGAAUACGGAAACAAAGAAGCAGUACGAUGUGAAUGGGAUGACCCAGAAUUAGCAGACAAGAAAAAUCAGACUUCAUUUUAUGAUGAUAAUGCUAUCUCUCUGCCUUCUUUUCGAGCAUGUCCUCGCGUGAAGAGUGUAGAAAGGAUUCGCAUCAUUCAAUUUGAAGGUUGGAAUGCUGUUGUUGCUGUCGUUUCAUUACUUGUGUUCUUUUGGAGACAACGUAAAAUUGCUCAUGAACAAUAUCAACAAUUAGCACAGAGAAUAGGUGUUACUGUAGUAUAA